UAAACCAAUCACAAAUUGGAUUCUGACUGUGAAGGUGAAGAUGUUGACGCUACGAUCUUCAAACAGCUGGUUGGUUCUCUGAGGUAUUUGUGUAAUACCAGACCUCUGACAUUUGCUAUGCAGUUGGAAUGGUUAGUAGGUUUAUGAAUAAACCCAAAUGGUCCCAUUAUCAAGCUGCUGUCAGAAUAUUGAGAUAUGUCAAGGGAACUCUGAAGUUUGGAGUAUUGUUUCCUUCUGGAAGAAAUGAUGAAGAAUCAGAGUUUAUGAGUUAUUCUGAUUCUGAUUGGUGUGGAGACAGAGUUGAUAGACGAAGUACUUCUGGAUACUUAUUUAAAUUUCUGGGAGGUCAUAUUUCGUGGAGUUCCAAGAAACAAGCUGUUGUUGCCCUAUCAACUUGUGAAGUUGAGUAUAUUGCAGGUGCUGUAUCUGUAUGUCAAGCUGUGUGGCUUCUGAAUUUAUUAGAAGAUCUGAAGAUUGAAGUAAAGAAGCCUCUAAAGCUGAUGAUUGAUAACAAGUCUGCAAUCAAGCUUGCCAGAAAUCCUGUGUUACACAUAAGAAGCAAGCAUAUUGAGACUAAGUAUCAUUUCUUGAGAAGGCAAGUCCAGAACGGACAUUAGAAGUUGUGCACUGUAGCACCCAGAAGCAGUUGACAGAUGUUCUGACGAAGGCAAUCAAAACAGAUCAAUUUCUUCGCUUAAGGGAUGAAAUUGGUGUAGUUAGUUUUGUGUAGAGAAUAAUAAAUUAAGGGAUGGUAUUAAAGGUAAUUUAGUAUUUUCUAUUUGUGUACCUUUUAUUCUUGCUCACUAAGUUUUCAUUAGGGCCUAUGUGGCAACCUUAUAUAAAUAGACUAGUAGUGUAUGUCAUUUAUAACACAACAAUUUUAUUCUCUCACUUUCUGUGUAGCCGUCAUUCUCUCUUUUAUUCCAUUAUUCCUAUCAUCUUCGAUUCUUGUGCCCUAACAAUAUCAACAAUAUUGCAACUGCAAUUAAGAUUAUGAAAUGAAAUUUAAAACCAUCUCCAAAAACUAACUCAUAAAAAAAGUCUAAAAAAUCUCUACAUUCACAUUGCUUCU